AAAAGAGAAACGAAGAUGAUCGGAAACAUCGUCGGCGGCGUGGUGGGCGGUGUGGUGGGCGGUGUGGGCGGUGUGGUGGGCGGCAUCCUCGGGGGGUCGAAGGGAGUGCAGGUGAAGGGCACGGUGGUGCUUAUGCAGAAGAACGUGCUCGACUUCAACGACUUGGCCGGCAACGUCAUCAAUGGCCUUUUCGAGCUCCUCGGUCAGAACGUCACCUUCCAGCUCGUGAGCGACACCGUCGGCGACCCCAACAAUGGGAACCGAGGAGUCGUCGGGGAGGCCGCCUCGUUGCAGUAUCUCGGCCAUCUGCCCUCCCUUGCAGCCGGUGAAAGCAAAUACAGCGUGACGUUCCGGUGGCAGGAGAAUCACGGGAUUCCCGGCGCUGUGAUCGUCAAGAACAAGCACGCCACUCAGUUCUUCCUCAAGACGCUGACGCUGGACAACUUCCCCGGCAAGGGCCGGAUCCACUUCGUCUGCAACUCCUGGGUCUACCCUGCAAGCAAGUACAAAUAUGACCGUGUCUUCUUCGCCAACACCACGUACCUCCCAGGAGACACACCGGCACCGCUGAAACCAUACAGACAAGAUGAGCUGCUAAACUUGAGGGGGCAAGACGUCACCGGGGAGCUGAAAGAAUGGGACCGUGUAUACGACUAUGCGUACUACAACGAUCUCGGAAGUCCCGAUCAGGGCGCGAACCUCGUCCGGCCAAUCCUCGGAGGGUCGGCGGAGUACCCUUACCCUCGUCGUGGGAAGACCGCCCGCGCACCGACGAAGACCGAUCCCAAGACCGAGAGCAGACUGCCACUGCUGAACUUGAACAUCUAUGUGCCCCGAGAUGAGCGAUUCGGGCACCUUAAAAUGGGUGACUUCCUCACCUACGCAAUCAAAGCCAUCUCCACCGGGCUGCUCCCAACGCUGCAAGCCAUAUUCGAUAUAACCCCGAACGAGUUCGACUCGUUCGAGGAAGUACUGAGACUCUAUGAGAGCGGCCUUCCGGUGCCUCAGAUUCCUCUGCUGGACGAGCUGAGACAGAGGAUCCCUUUCGAGAUGAUAAGAGAACUGCUACGCACUGAGAAGGGCCAGAACUUCCUCAAGCUCCCGAAGCCCCACGUGAUUCAAGUCGAUAAGAAUGCUUGGCGAACGGACGAAGAGUUUGGCCGCGAAAUGCUUGCCGGCGUGGACCCUCUCAUCGUCAGCCGCCUUGACAAUUUCCCUCCCAUCAGCCAGCUCGAUUCUAACAAGUAUGGCAACCAACACAGCACGAUCACAGCAGCCCACAUCGAGCACAACCUUGAAGGCCUGACUGUUGACGAGGCACUGAGGAGCUACAGGCUCUUCAUCUUGGACCAUCAUGAUGCUUUGAUGCCAUAUCUAGCUCGCAUAAACUCCGGUUCGAAUAAGAUAUACGCCACGAGGACUCUGCUAUUCCUGAAGGAGGAUUCUACUCUGAAGCCACUGGCCAUCGAACUCAGCUUACCACACCCUGAUGGAGAACAAUUUGGCGCCGUCAGCAAAGUGUACACACCGGCUGAAACCGGCGUCGAGGGCUCCAUCUGGCAGUUGGCGAAGGCCUACGUCGGCGUCAACGACUCCGGCGUCCACCAGCUCAUCAGCCACUGGCUCAAUACGCACGCGGUUCUGGAGCCGUUCGUGAUCGCCACGAAUCGACACCUGAGCGUCGUCCAUCCGAUCAGCAAGCUUCUGACGCCGCACUAUCGCGACACGAUGAACAUCAACGCGUUGGCUCGCCAGACGCUCAUCAAUGCUGGCGGGAUCCUGGAGACGACCGUCUUCCCAGGGAAGUACGCCAUGGAGAUGUCUGCCGUCAUCUACAGAAACUGGAACUUCGUCGAGCAAGCUCUCCCUACCGAGCUGAUAAAGAGAGGAGUUGCGGUGCAGGAGGGCGACGGGCUUCGACUACUGAUCAAGGACUACCCCUACGCGGUGGAUGGGCUAGCAAUAUGGAACGCGAUCCAGACAUGGGUGACCGAGUACUGCUCGAUCUACUACCCGAGCGACGAGGCCGUGAAGGCCGACACCGAGCUGCAGGCCUGGUGGAAGGAGGUCCGCGAGGUGGGGCACGGCGAUAAGAAGGACGAGCCGUGGUGGCCCACGAUGCAGACGGUAUUGGAGUUGACCGAUUCGUGCACCAUCAUCAUCUGGAUCGCCUCGGCGCUCCACGCCGCCGUCAACUUCGGACAGUACCCCUACGCCGGGUACCUCCCGAACCGGCCCACCAUAAGCCGUCGCUUGAUGCCGGAGCCGGGCACGCCGGAGUACCAAGAACUGGAGAAGAACCCGGACAAGGUCUUCCUGCGGACCAUCACCAACCAGAUGCAGACCAUUCUGGGGGUGUCGCUGAUAGAGAUCCUGUCGACCCACGCGUCGGACGAGGUAUACCUCGGCCAGCGAGACACGCCGGAGUGGACCACCGACGAGAAAGCGCUCGCGGCGUUCCAGCGCUUCGGGGCGGCGCUGAGGUCGAUCGAGAAGGAGAUCGUGAGCAGGAACGGCGACUCGUCCUUGAAGAACCGAAAUGGCCCCGCCAAGGUGCCGUACUACUUGCUCUUCCCCAGCGGCGAGACUGGGAUCACCGCGAAGGGAAUCCCCAACAGCAUAUCCAUUUAGAAUGGGUCCAUGUCGUUAAUUAAUGCUGCAGUAAGGGAGUAAAUAAAGCAGCUCACGUAUACCUUUGGCAUCCAUCGGUGAGUCGCGUGUGCUGUGAGGGACGUAUCCUUUCUUCACGCACAUUAUGUAACAAAGCAAGCGAGCCUAUAUAUAUGUUUUGCUGUAAAAACCUCGUCUGCGAUCGACAGUCUCUCUCUACUUAUGCUCUUCCAUUCAUCAUCAUCAUCAAUGCCACGCUUAAUUAGUACAAGGCUAGAAUGGAUGGGCAUGCAUGGCUGAUGAAGCCUCAGCUUCUUACAAGUUGUACAAUAUUUUUAAUCCAUUGAUGCUGUCGUUAUUAC